UUACGUGAUUGCGCGUAAAGGAACGUAAAACGUUAGCACGAAGGAAGUCGUGUUUGUAAUAAAUAUUAUAGAUUUUGAUUAAGAACUGUUUGUAUGUAGGCCGUUAAAAUGCAUUGUUAGUUCAAAGUGGUUCAAUAUAAAUAAAACAGCUAGAAAACUGUCAAAGUCGGUAUAAUACUUUUGAUUGGAGAUAUGUAAGAAAACAAGAUAAAAAAUAUACAGAAAUUUUAGUAUUAAAAAUUCAAUUACAGUAUUUAUUUGUGAUAUACUCCUUUGAAAAUGGCGCGAAUAUCAUUUGGCAUACAAAAUAUAUUUUCAAUGGCCGCUCGAGAGCGUUGUAUGACUAAUUUCAAACGCUUAGCGACACCAAGGUACGGCAAAGUGCCAAGUGAUGCUGCAGCUGUGUUAGUACCAGUAUGUAAAGUGGAAGAGAAACCGUCCAUACUAUAUACAGUUCGGGCCACGAACCUUAGGACUAACAAUGGAGAAGUAUCAUUUCCAGGUGGGCCAAUACCCCAAAAUGAAUCUCCUAUACAAACAGCUCUAAGGGAAACGUUUCAAGAAAUCGGUUUACGCCCUGACAAAAUAGAUGUCUGGGGAAAUGGGCCGCCGCUUCCAGGCCGCAAUAACAAAAUAAUGAUCACUCCGGUAGUUGGGUCCAUAGACACUCUGGCGCCAGAAGAUUUAAACAUUAAUGUUGGCGAAGUUGCAGAGGUAUUCACUGUCCCUAUUGAGCUAUUGUGUGAACCCAAGAAUCAGUAUUACACACAAUUCAGUAACGGAUUCGUCCUACCGGUGUUUGUGGUCGAGGAAUACAAGAUAUGGGGUAUAACUGCGUUUAUAACUCACGCAUUCUUGAACUCCGUACUUAGCAACGACGUUUAUAAAAAUGAAUGGACGAAGAAGAAAAUCGUGGUAGACAAACAAUAGACAAGUUCUAUAGUACGUUAACUAGAGUUCUAUUCUUUAGUCUGUUGUAUUUAUUUUGUUAUUUAUAGUAUUUAGCUACAUAUUUUAUUUGAAAAUAAAGAAAUUAUAUUUUUAUAAAUAUUUAUUGUGUAAAAGCUACUUUUAUCACAUUGAUAUACACAUAGCAAGUCGUCACAAGCGUUAUACUAAAAGAAGCAAGGCACAGAAGCGUGAAUAUUUAGAAUUUGGUAAUAUUUGAGCAGUUUCGUAAUAUUAGUUUAGGUAAUCUAAGAGAUAUAAAAUAAAUAGAAAAGGAACUCAUAAGAAAGAAAAAAAAAUGAAACAAAACGAAAAGAAAAUAUUAUUAUCCAGGUUUAUUCCUUAACAUUUACAUUAUAAUCUAGUCAUUAUUAUUUUAUACAUUGUCCAAUCGACAUGUUGGUCGUCUCUCGCCCUUGUCGCUUGUGUGUGUACUACGCUAAUAUGUAUGGAUUUCACCAAAUGUGUAACAACUAUUUUAGGGGGCCAAUUGUUUUUCAAA